UGGCCCAAAAUAUAAGCCAGUUUAACUAAAUCCCUUUCUUCUCUAGACAAUGGCCAAGAACAAAUUUAAAGGGCAGAAGUCUAGGAAUGUAUUUCACAUAGCCAGCCAAAAAACCUUCAAGGCUAAAAACAAAGCAAAACCAGUUACUACUAAUCUUAAGAAGAUAAACAUUAUAAAUGAUGAAAAAGUCAACAGAAUGAACACAGCUUUUGUAAAUAUACAGAAAGAACUUGCAAACUUUUCAAAAAGCCUUUCUUUUAAAUCUGUGCAGCAAGAGCUGAAGCACCAUGAAAAUGAACCAGCUAAUGUUGAUGAAGCAACAAGACUAAUGGCUCAAUUGUAAUAUAAUGACAGUGUAUCAUACUCCCCCAAAGGAUCAAUAAAUUGAAUGUUUUAUACAA